UACUUUGGCGACCUGUGUUUGACUCUCGCCUGUUUUCUCGUCUCCCCAGAAGACCCUGGUCUGUCUUCUGACAACGUUCUGCCUUGUCCUUACCUGUGUUGCUAUUGCUAAUAAAUUUAAGUUGCAUAUGGAUGCACUCGCCUCAGCUCCUUUGUUACAAUAUGUAUUUGGUGGAGCUAAGAUGCUUAAGUACCUUUGUUCUUUGGAUUCAAGUAAACUUCUUUUUUGAAACUGGUCUAAACCACCAAAGGGUUUUCUUUCUGCAAGGUCUUGUAAACCAAUAAUAUCAAACAGGUCUCAUUUAGACAACACAAAACAAAAAACGUAAUCAUACCUGUCAGUUCUAUGCUGAUGAUGUCAUUAUAUAUGUAUAUGCAUAAAACAAGCAUCAAGUUGCACAAUACAUAGUUGCAACGCUCGCUCCUACAUUUAAAUGUGUCUAAAACAGUGUGUAUAUUUCUUAAAGAUAGUGAGUAUUAAAUCAGAUCCCAAAUGUAUGGUACAAGGGGAAAGACUUAAAUUUGUCAAAAAAAUCAAGUACCGUGGAGUAAUUCUAGAUUAACAACUGAAUUUUAAACAGCUGAGGAAAAAAGUUUUUAACCAGAUAAAAUUUAAUUUAUUCCACGGACAAAACAUAAAGUCAUGGAGCACGUGUUAACAGUUAAACCAGAUAUUUGACCAGUCAGAUACGCAUCUAAAAGUUCAUGCAAGAAUGACCCAUUUAGCACGUUUUUGUCCUCAUCACAUGCUCAUUGUGUACACAUCAAAAAGAAGAGCACCUUCAGUCUGGCUAGACUAUCUCACAUCUAAAACUCAAUUCUCAAUAGCCUACAAUGAGAGAACCAGUGCAAUAACAAACAGAUACUAGACUAUCAAAGCUCAAUCCGCACCUCUGUAUACAUUUUUAUUGCUUUUUCUUUCACAUUUGUCUACCUAUUUUAUCUUAUCCAAUUAUUUUUCUAGUUUUUUGUCUAUUGUUCUUUAGUUGUUGCUACUGUGUUUACUGACUAUACUGUUGUGUUUUUCUAUUAACAACCCUAUCUGUGUUGUUCUGUAUCUGUUGUUGUCUGCUACUAUGUUUCAUAUGUUGAGUUAACUUGUCUUUUUACUUAGGGACCCUCAGCCUAUCCAGGGACUAUUAUGAAAAGAUUAUAGUCUUAUAUAUGUACAUUAUUAAAUGUUUGAUUAGUAUAUGAUAUCCCAGUCUGAAAAAAAAAAAACUAAUAAACAAAAUAAAAAUAACUGUCAAAUUGACAAAAAAAACCAAGCAAGCUUGUUAAGUGGCCUUGCCAGAUUCCGAAUGUCAGUCCAAUGGGGAAUCUUUAGGGGGAGUUGAAGUUGUGUUGCCCGGCAACAAUCCCAAAACAUCACAGCUCACGAGAGGAUCUGCAUGGAAAAAUAGCCGAUGAUGGCAGCAACAGCGUGCAAACCUUGUGUUAUCCUAAAGGAAAAUCCUGGACUUUGUCACUGUCAACCAAUAUUUCUUUACAUUGCUUUUUAAGGUACAGUAAACCAAUGAUGAACAACUCAAACUGUUUUCUGCUGGACUUAAGUCUUUUUGUUUCCAUAGAAAACACAAUCAGCAGUUUUCUACAAAGUUAAGCAAAGAAAAAAACCACUCUCUUCUAAAGACGUGAUGCAUACUCAAAAAGAGGAAGCGUCCUACUUAAGCAGUAGUAAAUAUUUCCUCUCCCACAAAAAAUUUGACUCGGUUCUUUUUGUAUCCAGAUUGGUGACACACAACAGGAUUUCUCCGCAAUGUUCAACAAACAGCAAAGACAGCUCCAUUUUCUGACUUUAGCCGCAUGUCUUUUAGGCUCAUUUGGCUCAGGUCAGAUCCGACUGGUUGGCUAUGGCUCGACUGGAUGCUCUGGAACAGUUGAAGUCCAAUACAACGGAACCUGGGGAACAGUCUGUGAUGAUAACUGGGAUCUAAAUGAUGCAAAAGUGGUCUGCAGACAGUUGUCCUGUGGACCAGCUCUUCUAGCUGUUGAAUCAGCUCGUUUUGGUCAAGGAUCAGGUCCAAUCUGGAUGGAUAAUGUGGCAUGUUCAGGCAGUGAAAGGUCAUUAACUAACUGUAGUCACAUCGGUUAUGGGACACACAACUGUAAUCAUGGUGAAGAUGCUGGAGUCAUCUGUUCAGAACGUAUUGUGAAGCCCAACAUCUCCAUGGUUCCUACUGAUGAGGUUUUCUGGGGGCAGGAACUAAGAAUCACCUGUUCUGCUGUAGCUGAACCUUCAACAAAAACAUUUAUUCUCCAGAAGAGCCCGGGUUCCUUCCGACAGACACUAAGUACUUCAAGUCGCACUGGAACUUUUACCGUCUCUAAAGUGAACUUUGAUUACGAUGGAUUGUACCAGUGUCAGUACAAGAAAACUGUUGAUGGUGAAACGUUUACUUCUCCCCUAAGUGACCCUCUUAAUAUCACUGUUUCAGAUGAGAAUCACUUUUUAAUUCUUUUAAUUUAAAGCACAGCAAACCCUAAAGUAGGGGUCAGGCUCUCACUAUGUUUUUUCUUAUCUUCUCCAUUUUUCCAGUUAAAUUCUCAAAGCCCAUCCUCACUGUGAGUUCUGCCGUUGUUUCAUGGGGUCAGGAAAUCUGGUUCGUUUGUUCAGUUCAACCUCAAAUCCUUGGUGGAACCUUCAUCCUGAUGAAUGACAAGAGAUCCUAUAGGAAAACUCCACCUUCAGGUUCAAAGUCUACCAACUUCAUCAUCUAUAAAGCUGACAUUGAUCAUGAAGGGUCAUACCAGUGUCGCUUUCAGAAGAGAGGGCCGCAUCAAAAUUUCUCUUCUCCAGUCAGCAACUCAGUCAGAGUGUCUGUCACCGUAAGACUACAGAUUCCCAAAAUCUCACUUUCGUCUCCUGGAAGAGGGUUGGGUUCUAAAGAAAUCCUGAUCACUAGGGGUGAUAACUUUACCUUCACCUGCUCCAUCAACUCUCAGUAUCCUCAAGGACUAUUCUUCCUGGUCUUUUCUGGCUCCAACAUGACAAGCAACAUAUCAGCAGUCAACAAUGCAGCCUCCUUUACGUUUCCUGCGGCAGAGCUUGAACACCAGGGCAGCUACAGCUGUGUGUACCAGAUCACUUUGGCUGGACGCACAUUCACCUCUGCUGAGUCAGCACCCAUCUCUAUUGGUGUUCAACUGAGCCUACAGAUACCCAACAUCUCCAUUACUUUCCCUGGUGCCGAGUUGGUCCGAGGUCCUGGAGUAGUGGAUGUCACUAGGGGUCACAGCUUUACCAUCACCUGCUCCGUUAACUCCAAAUCUCUUCAGAAUCAAUUCUAUCUCAUCUUUUCCGGCUCCAACAUGACAAACAGCAAUUCAUCAGUCAACAACUCAGCCUCCUUUACCUUUCCUGUGGCAGACUUUGAACACCAGGGCAACUACAGCUGUGUGUACCAGGUCACCCUGUCUGGACGCACAUUCACCUCUGCUGAGUCAGCACCCAUCACUGUUGCUGUUAAACAGUCUUUGCUGCUGCAGACCUAUGCAGUAUUCGGUGGAAUCCUGCUCCUGCUACUGUUUGUCUUGUUCCUGGUCUGUCUCAUCUACAGGAAAAGAAAACUCCCAGCGGUUCUUUUCCAGAGGUUCACCAGAGAGGACGAUGGGAAUUGUGAAAUAAAAUAUGAAAAUUCGUCAGAAGAAAACCUUUUAUAAAACUUAACAGAUAAAGGACAAAAGGAAAAAAAGAAAUGAUGGUGAAUUGUGCAGUUUUUGAUGGGACAAAUGUUUUUAGAGUAAAAGACAAGAAGAGGAAACAAAGAAGAAGGACAAAGAAACCAAUGAUGAUAACAAUUACUUAUAAUGAAAUUUUGCCUGUCCAACAAAUGUAUGUCAUAUGUGGUGUGAUCUGGAUCCAUUUUAGGAUUUUCCAUUGUGUUUGGUUCCCCCACUUUUGAGACUCCUGUACGUUAAACACAUUUCAAAUGGAAAAAAUGCCUUGUUUCAUCCAGCUUCCAUCCAUCUUCAGAACCUUCAGAUUCCUUCCUGGGGUCCCUUUGCCACUGGAGCCAAUCCAGCUAUACAGUUGGGCAAGGUUGGUUGAGGUACACAGUUUGCCAGAGUCAAUGAGGUGGUACAGUUAGAAAAUGCUUGGUUACAAAUAUUAUCACAUUUGCCUGCCAUUCUUACCUGAUGUGGGACCAUCUUAAAAAAGGAAACAAAUAAUUUUAUGCUUUUUUUAUGGUCCCUAAAUUGUGGUCCAUUCCUCCUUGUAGAUCCUCCCAUUAUCUUGGAUGUUUUGGGUCGUCACCAACAACUUCUAUAAAUUCUCAGUUGUAUUGAAGUCCAGAGUCUGGUUACGCUAUUUCAGAUACUCAAAAUCCUUUUUGCGUAGCCACUUUUUCUUUAUUCGGAUGAUGUGUUUAAGAUUAUUUUCAUGCUUGAAGAUCCGGCCAAAUUUCAUCUGCAAUGCUCUCAUUAAUGGAAGGAUCUCUUUAAGCAAAAUGCCAUCACAUAGCCCUAUUCAUUCUUUCUUUAAAGUGGCCAUGCCAUAAAAAAAACAACUUUUUGAGCUUUUAGAUGUUUUAUACUGUUCAUUCCUCUCUAUAAAGAAUGUGAGACAGCCCAUUUCAGGAAGACUGCACCACCUCCAGUCACAUCAACACCCAAUUUCUCCACAGAGCUAGUGGUGAUCGGAAAAAAAAAACUUGUAUUUUAGGGGCAGAAUACCAUGUAUCUUGUGUACUGUCUUCAAUAAAUUCCAUCUCAAACAGGUGUUCAUUACUUUAGAUGCGAGGCUCCUUUAAGACACCCCCACCCCCCAUCAGGCACAGUCAUGCAGAUGAGUGUAUUUGUGUUGUGAACAAGUGUAAUAAUGGCCGGGGCUGAUAAGGGCCGAUAUAUGGUAUGGGCAUCCAUCUUUUGGAAUGGAUGGAGUUGGAUGUUUAUUUUUGUCUGAGAAAUGAGGAGAUGCUGUCAAUGGCUCUGGGAGGAUGUCAUGAAAUGGGCGGCACCCACA